AUACCAUGUUAUACGAGUUGGAUAAAAAAAUUGUGGAGAGCAUGUCGAGUGAACCAAAAGUGAAAAACGCCGAUCCAAAAAGGCCCCUAAAAGCUGCCGAAGUGGAUUUUAUGAAGCUAAUUGAGCAGCAAAAUCUCGAGAGAGUACUAAAGCUGAAACGAACCAGGAAGAAUAACCUCAUCACGGCAUUUGCGCUCGGUGGCACUGUUUUUGCCAUCUACGCAUAUUCAAUGCUGGCAGUGAAGCAGGAAAAGUUCCUGGAUGAUUUUGAGGAGCCGAGGAAGGUGCUAAAAGAGAAUUAGUCAUGUCUAAACUAUCCCUAGCUACUAAGAUCCCUCGGCUUCCGCCUCUGCCAACAAUCCGGGACUUGGUAAAGCUCUACCGCCUACAGGCUAUUAAACAACUGUCGCAGAACUUUCUUAUGGAUGAACGACUUACGGAUAAAAUUGUGAAGGCAGCUGGACGCUUGGAGGGUCACAGUGUACUGGAAGUUGGUCCUGGACCUGGUGGAAUUACACGAUCCAUCAUACGACGCAUGCCACGGAAUUUGGUGCUGGUGGAGAAGGAUCCGCGUUUUAUGCCAACAUUGGAACUCCUCCGGGAAGCUUGUCAAACUCAUGUGAAUGUUGAUAUUGUACAGGAUGAUAUUCUCAAGUAUCCCACGGAGAUGGCAUUUGCCGGUACACCACAGACAGUUUGGGAAGAAGCACGAGCACCGAUUCAUCUUAUAGGGAACCUCCCGUUUUCCAUCUCAACACGUCUCCUCAUCAAUUGGCUGAAGGAUGUGAGCCUCAAGAGGGGUGCUUGGACUUAUGGACGUGCAAGUAUGACUCUGACUUUCCAAAAGGAAGUUGGUGAGAGAAUUGUGGCACCCCUUCUCGAUGCCCAGCGAUGUAGAUUGUCUGUGAUGUCGCAAAUAUGGACGGCACCGCAUCUCAAAUUCAUCAUACCUGGUAGGGCAUUUGUUCCGCAGCCAGAUGUCGAUGUGGCUGUUGUGACACUCAUACCACUUAAGGUACCAAAGACACAGCUUCCCUUUGAUCUCGUCGAGAAGGUAGUUCGGUAUAUUUUUGCAAUGCGCCAGAAAUACAUUCAGCGAGGCAUUAGCAAUCUCUUCCCGGAAGAUGUGAGGCAGGCAUUUACGGAGCAAAUGUUCCAAGAGGCCGAUCUUGAUCCCACUAUGCGUUCUUUUCAACUCUCCGUGGAGGAAUGCCUUCGCCUAGCAGAAUGCUACCACAAAAUCAUUCAGAUAUACCCCAAGAUUGAUGAAUUCAACUAUAGAGCUCCUAAAAAUCAGCGGCAUCCACUUUUUCCUACUUCAGAUGUCCUGAAAGAGUUGUGAAGCAGAGGCGGAAGUUUAGAAUAUUGUUAGAAAUAUAUUUUUAACAAAAAAAAAGUAGAAAAAGAAUUAUUUUUCUUCUCUCUGUCCGAUUUACGAUGAUUUCUUUGGGUUUGUCCUUUUGGUGGACUUUAUUUUCCCAGCUGAAUGGAAAUAUAAAUGAUAAGGUUCAGCAACAUAAAGUUCAUCCGACAGCAUUUGAAAGAAAGCUCAAAAGGACUAAAAGGUAAAGCUGGAAGAUGGAAAUUCAAGAGUACAAAAAUUAACAAUUUUUCUCAUUUUAUUACUAUACUCUCUCUAAAAUCAUGCUAACAUAUUUUUUACGCGAGAAAAAUUUAUUUUGGUACACAUCUAAUCUUAAAUACAUUUUAGCUACCUACAUAUAAAAAUUUUUUGUUCAUGAUUUUUGAAUAUAGGUACAUUUAGUUAUUUAAAAAAAAAUGAAAGAAAAAGGAGAGUUUGUAAAUCAAGAUUUUCCUCAAUUUUUUUUUUCACAAGACAUAAAAAAGAAAA